GUAAAUUACAGCGAGUCCGACAACAGUCGCACGGCGGCAGCAACGUGCUAACCUUAUAUAGCUACUCUGCCGGAAAUGAGGAGUAGAACAAGAAUGUAACUGAGGAAAAGGGCUAAAGCGCCCAUGCUAACCUGAAGCUAAAGCAGUAAACAUCCAUGUAGCACUAUCGCAGCGCCAGAUGACAAGCGUUAGUUCAGAGUAAAAACACGAUCCACCGACUGACAGCUCGCCUCCUUUUCCAGCAUUACGGAACGGUGUCAGUGAUGUAUAUUCGUGCGUUAUUUACAGUCUGAAGCCUCUCUCGCGGCGCUGAUAAUGCUGAAGAUGAAGCUACCGAUGAAAAUGGGCGAGGAAGGAGGCGACGAAACGGCCGAAGACAACUCAUUGGAUCUGUCGGAGCACCGACAUGUUCCCAGGGCGGCACCUCCUUCAUCGGUGUCCGACGGACUAGAUGAGUCGCCCCUUCCCGGUGUCUAUCCAUGCCAGCUGGACAAGGAGACUGUCUUUGAGUGGUUUGGCCUCCAUCUAAAACCCGCUAAGCGGAUCGAGUUCAUGUGCGGGCUGCUACAUAUGUGCCAACCGCUGGAGCUCCGCUUUUUGGGAUCUUACUUAGAAGACCUCGCAAGGAAAGAUUACCACGUCUUAAGAGACUUUGAGUUUCGGGCAAAUAGUCCGAGCGACUUGGGGCUUUUAACAGACGUGGUCGAUCCAGUGGUGAGGUCCAAACUGCUGGUCUGCCUGUCCCUCCUCGGGUCUGACAGCAGGGAGUGUGCUGGAACACUCUUUCGGAUCCUGAGCCAUGUAGAUCCGGCCUUGUUCUACAAAAACUAUGACUGCUCCCUACCUCCGCUCGGGGAGCCGCGCCACCACCCGCUCCGUCCACCGUGUCGGGACGGGAGUGUGUAUGGGAGUUCGGAGAAGACCUGCGGCUUCUCCGCUACCGAGACGACGACCGGACCUCUGGAGCAGCUGGCGUUGCUCUUCGCCAUGGCCUCACUGCACCCGGCUUUCCACUUCCACCAGCGGGAGAUGGUCCGAGGACAGCUCGACAAAAUAGAACUCGCUAUAGAGGAGGAAAGACGUCGAAGUCAGCUCCGAAUAAACGGCCAGAUAACGGUGCUGCCGGGUCAGAAGGCGGAUUACCUGCCUGCCCCCGCGCUGGGUUUGGGGGAAUGUACAGCGUCCCAUCCGCCCUGCCAGAGCCGGCGCUCCAGCCGCUGGGCCGCACAAAGAGAAGCAGUGCAUAUAGAGGGGAUUGUGCUCAGGGGCGUCUCUCGGACCAGAAUGGACAAGGAGUACAGCUUUGAGGUGAAGUGGUCCGACUCCUCCUCCAGCAGUGUGACCAAAACUCAUCUGGAGCUGGAGAACUUCCUUCUGAAGCUUCCUAAGGACAAGUGUACCGAGUCUUUUGAGAAGGGCAUCCUGAGGCUUCUGAACCAGGGGGGCCGCAAUGAGAGCAGGGAGGUGGAGAAGAACCUCAGGGAGAGGUUCCUGACUGCUCCUCCAGUCUUCAGACAGACCAGAAAGGUCUGCAGCUUCUUCAAUUGUGACUCCAGUUACUCUACAAGUCCUCCUUGCUGCAGAUGCAACAGCCAGCUGGGUAAAGCCUACCAAGGAGACUGUUCUGAUGCCUCCAGUCAGGAGGAAGAUAUCGAGUCGUACACUCAGGGACACAAGAAAAAGCUUGGGACCAAGAGUCCAAGUCAAAGUCUCUCUAGUGCCAGGGGCCCCCAGGGGGAUUGUCGCAGGGGGGGCCACGCUGCAGAGCUCAAUGGUCCAGCAGAGAGGAGGAAGAGGAGCGGCCAGGAGGCUGAGCAGCAGCAGGACACUGAGAAGAGGAGCCACCCGUGCACUAAAACAAAGAGCAGAGGCCUGCCCACAGACAGGGACAAGGGGAAGGGGGCUGCCUUUGUAGCUAACGGCAGGUUGGUGCUAGCUCUGUCCCCUCAGAGGCAAGAUAGAGGUUCUGGUCCGGAUACCUUUGGUGAAACAUCAUCAGAAAGCUACAGCUCUCCAUCCAGCCCUCAACACCCAGGACCAGAGAGCCUGGAUAGUGAGGAUGACAACAACAAAGAUACAGACAGCCACUCUGAUGACUCAAGCAAAGGUCGGGGCCCCGACAUGUUCUUCGCCCACGAGACUGAUGCAACUGUGGUGGGGGAAGUCUCUGUCCACUCUCUGUCUUCCAAAGUCCACCAGGCCCAGGCGGAGACAAGCACAGAUUUCCCCCCUCUGUCGGUCAUGCGCUCUCUGCCCUAUGUGCUCCGUAACGGGGCUGCUGACUCUCCACUUCCACUGGUCCCUCCUCCAAGUCAAAGCAUCGUCCCCGAUGGGAAGCCCUCGCCUGGGACCAUGAUGAUGCACAUGCCCCCAGUGCCUCCAGCUGUCCUAGGCCCUGGAAUUGUGGGAGACCCGGAGAAGAGAGAUGUCCUCCCAACCUUUGGGAUUCCACCUGUCGGCCUACACCCUUCAGGAAGUCCUGCUGUGCAGCCUCUGGUUCAGAGGUUCAAAACAGCUAUGUCUCACAGCCAAGGUGGCCCUGAUGGAGCUUCAGGGAGUGGUUAUAAUCCUGCUGCCCCACAGGCUUCAGUCCUGGCUCCUGUAAGAGCCAUCAGUAUCAUGUCUCCUGGCCCGACAUCCUUCUCCUCUCCUCUUCAGCAGUCUCUGCCCUGCCAAGACCCGGCCAGUGUCGGCUCAGGCCUGGCCUCCUCUCUGCCUCACGUGGAGACUUUACAUGCCAAGCACCCCGGCUUAACACUACCAUCCGGCCUGCCUUCUCCCUACACUCUGCCCCCUGUCCCCGCCUCUGUUUUACCCACUGCAGGAGCACCUGCGGCCACUGGAAUGGCUCCAUCUCCUGGACACGUGCAAGCAGCUGUUCCUCCAGCUGUGCCCACCCACACCCCUGGACCCGCCCCCAGCCCCAGCCCAGCGCUCACUCGCAGCAUGGCACACAGUGACUGUACAUCCUACAGCAACAGCAGUGCCUCUGUCGUCUCUGGCAACCCGGUUGCUUUUCAGCAAAGCCAACAGCAACAAUUGCCCCCCCAGCAGCCGACACCGCUACAGCCACAACAGCAGCAGCAACCGAUGGGCUGUGGGACCUGUGGGUGUCACAACAACUGUGGUGGCCGAGGCAGCAUCGGUACCAACAGUGUCAGUGGUGCACCCUUAUUCUUCUCCCACCAGAUGGCAGCAGCCCGGCAGGUGUUCAGUGUUCCACCGCCUCUCUUCCAGCUCACAAGCCUGUGCAGUAACAGUUUCCUCACCCAGGCCCAGCCUCCUCACCAGGCCAACGGUGCUGCCACCCUGCCCCCCUUCUUCCCCACUGCUCCACCUCCUGCACACCCGUCCCCCUACGGCCCCCUCCACAGUCACUCUCACAGCCACGCCGACUUGCCGUCACAUAUGUUGGGCAGCCAGGCUGCAGCGGUGGCGGCUGUCGCAGCUGCAAACUACAACCUCCAGCAGCAGAUGGCGCCGGCGGCAUCGUUCUGCCAGCGUGUCUACCAGCAUAUGUACCCACCCUUGGGGAUGCUGCCGUCCGCCGCGCUGGGGGGAGGUGGAGUCAACAAGAAGAGUGGGAAUGUGUCCUGUUAUAACUGUGGAGUGAGUGGCCACUACGCUCAGGACUGCAACCAACCCUCCAUAGACUCCACACAGCAAGGUGGCUUCCGGUUAAAGUACGCAGCCUCCCAAAUUUCAGAUGUACUUGACAAUGCCGACUGAAGAAGAAGAAGAAAGGACGAAGAGGAGUUCCUCUGGUCUUGCGGUGAUUGUCGUCUGUCUGCCCCGCCGCCGCUGUGUGACCAGUGCACUGAUCUUCUGUGUACUUCAGGAAAAAAAUAUUCUUAAAAAGAAAGUGACCUGUGAAGGCUCAGUGGACACAGCCUGGGGAGGUCUUGUUCUCAGUCCCUUUCCUUUUAGUUUGUCUUUGAUAUUUUUGCACUGAGGGCUGGACAUGAAUAACUUAUUAUUUAAUUAUUAGGAAGAGAUUCUGAGGAUUGUUUUUGUUUUUACCUUAAAGUGCAGACGAGUCUCGGCUGAAAAAAAGUUCUUAAACACUAUUCUAUAUUUCUAAAACAGCAUAUUUAUUCUUCUCCCUCAUUAUUACUGCUCACUGAGCAUUUUAGUGUCGGAGAGAAUUGUACAACUGUUUUCAAAUAUGAAAUCAAAAAAGUAAUGUUGGCAAAAUGGAUUCUAUGUUGGUUGUUACUCUUUUUUGUUGUAAUGUUUUCUCAUUGAAGGAAUCUGUGUGGUCUUAUGCAUUGAUGCUUUUUAUUAUUUCAUUUGUUUUUUGUCAUUUUUAAAAUGGUUAUACUUGGUGAAAUGCACUAUAGUGAAGCAGGAAACACAAGUGCACUAAAAAGUCUGCACAACCGAGCAGAUGUAAGGAUUCACUCAUUACCACGAAACAGCAACAACAAUCAGCUGAUACAGUACUGUGAGUGCUUAGUGUCGUUUAGUACUUCAGGUGUGAAACGGUCUUAAUUACACUACAGAUAUAAAUGCCACAGAAGAGGAAACCUGAUCCUAGUCUAGUAAAAACCUGCAUUUAGAAUGUCAGGCUUACAUUGUUUAAAUGUAGGACGAGUACAGAAAUGUCAGCAGUUGCUUUUGUGGGUGGAGCCAGCAUGAAACUACUCUGUGGAUUCCUUCUUCAAGGGUUGACAGAAAUGUACGGCAUAGCUGAAGUUCUACAGACUGAUGCAAACCUUUCUACAGAGAAAUGAUCACUGCUGCUCAGCCCUGUUGAUAUGUUAACACCGUCCGUUUGUAGUUCAUGUCCAGAUGGCCUCGUUCACAGCUGCUUCUGUUCCAAGCUUACACAAGAGCGCAAUGUCACUGUGCACCGAUGACUGACUUGUUAAUGAACCUGAAGUGUCAGUGUGUGGUUGUGUUCUCUGUCACAGAACUGUCGAUGUCUGACUAACCUGAUAACAUUCUGAACUGAGAUCACUCGUGUGAAUAAACACGCUGCAUCUGGCAGCACCAUACUGUAACGUUUCACUUGUUAUGAAGCCUCAGGCUCUUUUAUGACAAAUGCAGUGUUUGAGAACACGGAGACCCAAAGUGUAGUGUUCAAUCAAUUAUACAGGAAACACAGUUG